ACAAAACAUGGGCUGGCUUUGCCUGCUACCUUGCUCCAGAAGCCCAGCAACAUAGGCACUUCAAUUUCAGAGAUGGCGUUGGAUCAAACCAGAAAACCUAGCGAAGAAAAGUUUUUUUUUUAAAAAACAGAACAUAAUUGCUUUCGUUUUCACUUUCCGAAUUCAGUUUAACCUAGUAAAAUAUUUGAUACAAGCUCUAGGGUCCCGUUCGAAAUUUUUUAUAUCAUUGAAUUCAAUGGAGAGAAAUGGUGGUAAAGGAAGAGAAGAGGAACAAGACGGUAUGUCCGUACACUCUCCAUGCAAAGCUCCCCCUUCCUCUGCUUCUUCUCUCCCAAAGGAGCAAUCACAGGUUGAAUUGGAGCUUAGACUGUUAGAAGCUCUUGAAAUUUAUCCUCCCGUCAAGCUAAAAGGCAUACAUCGUCAUUUCGUUCUUUAUGGUUUAAUGGAAUUCCUUCGGAGAAGCUUUGAUCGACACUUCUCUGCUGACGAGGUUCUACAAUUGCUAGAGCGGUUCUAUAAUUUGGAAAUGCUGAAACCAGACGAUGAGGAGACGGACAUUCUGAAUCACGAGGAAGAUUUUAGCUUGCCUCAAAGUUUCUUCGUUAAGGAAGAACCAUAGCUGAUUUAUUUUUUGUAUAGACACAGGUUUUGUUUGAACCUAUUUGUUCAAUCUAUGUUAUUGGAUGGUGGUUGUCCAGUCCUUUUCCUUGACUAUAUAGUAUCAUGGUGGUUUUUGCUAUGAGCUUAAUUAGAAAUUGUCAAAAAGUUUUGAGUGCCAAACCUCAAAAGGGAAGCUUGAUGUUUCUUCACAGUUUUGAAAGGGUCAGGGUCCUUUUCAUAGCUCAACUGAUAUGAACGUAAUAAUAUUAUAAAAUGAAACAGAUUCAAAGCCUGUUUCUGUUAUUUGUGUA